AUGAUCUUACGUCCAGUCCUCACAGUCUUUGCUCUCUGUUCCCUGUGCAUAUCCGCAUCAGCCAUCCCGGGUGACACACAGGUAGUCCUCUCGCAGUCUGCAGUGACACUCUUCUCAGAGUUGGAAGGAAAUUCCUCGCCCUUUACACGUCCGUCCUGGUUCACAUCCACUCUCAUGGCUCGUCGCUUACUGGCCCUUUCCCCAUCCGGUGUCAUCUCAACCGUCUUCCCGGACUCUGUCUCCCCUCGUACUCCCCCCUCCAUGGCGGGUCUCCCGAUCGGACUGAGAGAGUAUAUCGCUGAUUGCGAGGGUGCGUUGCCAGAUGGGUUGUCACAUGGAGAGAACGGGGACCCGACUGUUUUGGGCCUUGGUAUUGGAACUACUUUCAGAAAUAUACAGGCUGGCUCGAACGUCUCUCUCCAGCUUGAUUGGUGGGACCAUUUGGACCAGGCUGGUCCUGUCUACCCCGGUCUCCCUCUCAGUCCGGCUGCUCUUCCUAGGGUCACCCUCUUUGGCUACUUGGAACCUCUCCCCUCGCUCUCCGACCGUGCUGCAGUCCAGUUGGAGAAGUGCUUUCUGACUUCUCACCCCGAUGCAAAGGCCUGGCUGCCCGGAAACUCCCGAUCCCCGCAUUCUAGCUUCUGGGCUAGACUCGUUGUCACGCAGGCAUAUUGGAUCGGUGGCUUUGGUGAUGUGCAACAGAUCGGUUGGAUUAAUAUUAGUGAUUGGAAGGGGAUUAGACGUUACGAAAGUGGGGGUCGUGAUAGGCGGGGAUGGAAGGAUGUUCGACUUCCUGGAGAACACGAUGAGCAUAGCAGACAGUAA